AUGUUUUGCUUCACUGUAGUGAUGUUAGUUAGUGUUUUUGUUGAGUGCUUUUCAUCGUUGCCAGCGCAGAAUUCAGAAGAUUUUUUUAUUAAACGAAUCGUUAAAGAAUGUGUUACAUCAAACAGUCAAAUGUCUUGUUUUGCAAAUAAAGUGGCUAAAACAAUCGAAAGAUCUAUGGAAUGGGAUGUAACACUUUUUGAUGGAAUUAAACUCCUAAGAAACAACGAACGCAUAGACAAUGAAAACGAGUCGAGAAGUCAUUUGUUUGGCCCAAGUCGACUCAUGAAGGCUGUUAAAAUUUUUUUAAAUACUCAUUAUUUUGCUUUGGAUUUAACUGAGGAUGAGUCCACAAACGAACCUCGUGGUGGUGGAGGUGGUCUUGGCAGCGGAGGUGGAGGUGGAUUAGGAUUUAAUAGGCAAGCUCUGAAAAAAGAGGCAAAAUACAUGCAGUACGCUUUUAUGGUGCUCCUUGGGAUAUUUGGUUUAACGGGACCCAUAGUAAUGAAGACAUUGGCAGUAAUGGCAGCAAAAUCUUUAAUAGCAAGCAAAAUGGCUUUAAUUAUAGUAGGGUCGGUGGCUUUGAAGAAACUUUUCGAAAAAGACCAUCAUGAAAAGACAUCGGUUAAAGUUCAUACUAUUAACACCGACGAUGAUCAUGAUAGGAUUUAUGCACCGUAUAAAUCAUCAAAUUACUGGUCAUAUGCCCCAUAUAUUAAGUCAACAUGA